GCAUUAGACGUGAAUAUGUGUCACAUUCCAACCCGAGGCGUGUUCAGUGUCACGCUUUGCCUGACCACAGCGUGAGGAGCAGACUCUUUCUUCCGCUCAUCUUGAAUGGAGGAAUAGCACCAACAGGGGGCGAGACGUUCUCCCAGCAUUUGGUGAAAUUGUUACGUAGCCUAUUAAUCUUUAUUAUCUGAAUGGGAAAUGCAAUAUUUUACGACAGAUACACCAUUAAACGUGUUUCUAAUAACAUUUCUAGCGAGAAAUAUACUUUUCCCUUGCAUAAUCUUCAGUCAGUGAAUGUGUAUGAUCUUUAUUAAUCUUGAUUAUCUGAAUGGGAAAUUAUAUUAGGACCGAUUCACCAUUAAACGUGUUUCUAAUAACAUUUCUGGCAAGAAAUAUAGGUAGGCCUACUUUUUACUUGUGACACUGAACACGCCUUGCGAGGUGGACAAACGUAGAUCUAUUUCACGCUUUGGCGUGAUACCGGGUUGCACAUUCACACGUAAAGAGGUAUAACUUCGCCCAACAAAAAGGACAGAUGAGUAAAACAUGUUUAUAUGUUGACUCAACAGGGAUAAUAUUAGUUGUUGUUAUGGAUGAUAGGCCUAUACCAUGAUUUUUGAGAAAAGUUGAUCCAGGGGAGAAUAAAUAUUUGAAAGCAAAUACAGGAUUACUGCACUAUAUUCCAUAUGAAUUGUCACUUGGUGCCUGAAUGUUUUUUCCUUUGCAUCAAUAAAGCAGCCCAGCCAAUAAAGACAUUUCAACCAUAAAGUGAAGCAGAAAAGGCACAAUUGAAAGAUAAAAAUUCCGUAUCGAUGUUACUUGAAGCAACUCACACAUCAAAAGAUGACAUGCAUAAGACAAGUUAAGAUUAAUCAAAUGUUAAACCAUUUUACUGCUACAAUUGCAAUAAUAAAUAGUAAUCUCGGUUAUUAAGCAGGUCGUAGGCUAGGCCUAUAAUAACUAAAUAAACCGACAACAAGUAGGGUUAGGGCUAUCAAUUAUUGCGCAAUUUUAAAAGGCAAAAUAGGCUUAGUUCUGCUUUGGUUUAUCGUCUCUGCAACAUCUCAAGAAGGGGGCUUUGCCAGCCAACCGUGACUCACACCGUCCAGUCGCUUAUGGGAGCGGAGAAAGAGAAAAGCAUAAUCCAGUGACCCAAUACCAGCGUAAACAAUCACCACAGCCGGCAAAAAUGGUAGAGUGGACAGAAUUUGAGCGCGAUACAAUCAAGGACAUCUUCUCUAAAAUCGACUAUGACGUGGUGGGUCCCGCCGCCCUCACAAGGUGCCUGGUUGUGUACCCGUGGACUCGGAGGUACUUUGGAAACUUCGGGGCCCUCUACAACGCCGAGGCAAUCAUGGGCAACGAGAUGGUGGCAAACCACGGGAAAAAAGUGCUCCACGGACUGGACCGAGCCGUGAAGAACAUGGAUCACAUCAAGGAGAGCUAUUGCGAGCUCAGUCAGCUGCACUCCGAUCAGUUUCACGUGGACCCUGACAACUUCAGACUGCUUGCUGACUGCCUUGCAAUCGCCAUUGCCACCCAGUGGGGCAGUGCAUUCACCCCGGACAUCCAGGCCGCGUUCCAGAAGUUCUUGUCCGUUGUCGUCUUCUCUUUGGGAAGCCAGUACCACUAGUAGCGCUCCAUGGACAGUAGGACUACCGUGAACAACAACAUCAACAACAAAUGCACUGUUUGUUCAAUUCAGAGGACCGGGGAACUUUCCUCUGUCAAAACCAAUAAAAAAACAUCACCGUAUGUUUUUCACUCUGUA